AACCUUUUGCUACGGUAUUCCUGUGCUUUAAUAGGUAUCCUAUUACAAACGAUGGCAAACGAGAGCUGAGGAUUCAAGCUUUAUUUUGGUACCAAACAUGCCGUAUUUUGCGAAUAAUUUUCAAGGUUUUUGCUUCACAAAGUGCCUAUUCUUGAAGAAGGAUCUCACAAAUAUUCGUCUCAAAUCGGAGCUUUUUGAAAGUAAAAAACGAAAAGUAUAAAUUCGUUCAAUCGACCACAGAUUCGACAUCAGUAAUUUAGAAUGUGUGUAUUUUAAGGAUCGACACCGGCAAAUGAGUUCUUCAAACAGUUCCGCCAAAUCCAGUCAUGUCUGACAAAACAAGCUGCUCAUCCCGCGGGACAAGCAGAGUGUCUGUGGUCUUGUGGUUUGUAGUUGGUGUGUUGUGUUUGGGUGAGUUUGUACGUGUUGAGUUGAUUCUAAGUGAAUACAGGACAAGACUAGACAAGAUAGAAGAGAAGACAGAUGGGAAAGAUGUAGAGCCGUGUGAUGUGAAAACCAAGAAAAUCAAAGCAAGUCGUUCCAUCGACUCACCAAAGAUCAUCCAUGAUUCAAGACAAAGAACCCGUCGCCUCACCGUGUCUUCACCUUCAAACGACACCAACUUUCAAACUGUUCGUAAAGAACUUUUACAAACAAUGGGAGUGGAGGUGAAUAAAGCCUUUUCUAAAGCGUGUGGAGCAAAGAAGAAUAGAUGUCCACCAGGACCUCCCGGUCCACCUGGACGACCAGGUCGCAAAGGAUCGACCGGAAAACGAGGACAACCAGGAAGAAGAGGCAAACGAGGACCCCAAGGACCCAUGGGAAGGCCAGGCAGAAGUGGCAAGCAAGGCAUGAUGGGACCUACUGGGUUGAAGGGAGACAAGGGAGAGAGAGGUGAUCCUGGACCACGUGGUGUAGCUGGACGGGAUGGUAGACCUGGUCAAUCGAUAUCUUCACCAGAGGUUCAAGUAUCCCCUCCCUUGUUAAUUGUUAAUGAAAGCGAUACAGCCGUGUUGCAUUGUGGGUGGAGUGGUAAUCCAACACCUGUGAUUGGCUGGAGGAGAGUUGGUGGUUUACUAGACAAGACAAGAAGUGUGUUGGAUGCAGGUCUGGCAGGUGUUGCUAGAAGUCAUAAUCUGGAGAUAAGGAAUGUUAGUAGUAACGAUUCAGGAGUGUACGAGUGUAAAGGCAGUAAUAUACUUGGACAAGCAAACCAGACAGCCACUCUUCUCGUCAACUAUCUUCCUCGUAUUUCCCUAUCUUUUGGACCUAUUUACGUGGAAGAAGGAAGCAAUGUAACUCUUCCAAAGUGUCACGCGACUGGACACCCCACACCAACGAUCACGUGGGUAAAAGUCCUUGGUAUGUUGCCUGCUGCCCGUACCGUCAUAAAUGGCAGCCGUUUGAUUUUAUAUUCUGUGGAAAAACAAGACACUGGGAUAUAUGUUUGCCAAGCUUCUAAUUUCCUUGGAUUGUCUAUUGGGAAGAUGCAACUCAUUGUGGUGACAUUGCCUAAAUUCACCGCCACCCCUCCCCCCACUGUAUUUGUUGCUGAUGGUGAAAGUCUGAGACUGGACUGUGUAGUUACAGCAGAUCCACCUGCUAGGAUUUCUUGGAGUAAAGACAACCAACAAUUGUCAUCUGAUGAUAGAACACGGGUCCAUGUGAAUGGAAGUCUGACUAUAACAAGAUUGAAGACCGCUGACUCAGGGACUUACGUCUGUCAAGCUGUCAGUGCUGGGGUCUUCACUGCAACAACUCACACUAAAGUUGUUGCAGCCCCAAAAGAUCUUAAGUUUACUAGAAGAACAACUAGUGAUUACGUCAUUAUCAAAGGCAUCCCUAGCAUGUCGUCCGUGACGUUCUGUUUCUGGUUGAAGACCACUGUUGGUGAUACUGUCAUAAGUUACGCUGUACCUGGAAAUGACAAUGAAUUGUUAUUUUUGACGCCCAGGACUUUUGACUUAUUCAUCGGAGGAUCCUCGUGGCGUACCGACGUAGCUGCAAACGAUGACAGAUGGCAUCACAUGUGCACAACGUGGAGCAAUAAUGCUGGGCAGGUGUUAGUUUAUAAAGAUGGCACCGUUGCUGCAAGAAGAACAAACUUCAUGACAGGUCAGGUGAUCAGAGGAGGCGGUACACUCAUCAUAGGACAAGAACAGGACAGUGUGGGUGGAUCAUUUGAUACCGGACAGUGCUACAUCGGUGACCUUACCGGGUUGAAUAUAUGGAACAGAGUACUGGAACCUAACGAGAUAUCUACCAUGUCACGUGACUGUGGUGCUGGUGAAGGCAAUGUGUUGAGCUGGGGUGACGUCAUCUCUAGUAAAAUCCAAGGUCAAGUACAGCUUGUUAAAUCAUCCACAUGUAUUAAACAGCAUUAAUGACC